CUCUGAAUCAACGAGUCUGUGUCUCCCCGGCCCCCGGCUCCGAGCGCGGCACCUGCUCGCGGCCCCCAGCGGACGCCGGGACCCCGGAGCGCUCCCGGGCCCCGCUCGCUCGGCCCGUGCGCCCCGGCCCUGCCUGGGUCACAGCUGCUGGCUCCGCCGGGCGCUUGGGCUGCUCGUUCGCCCCGCCGAGCUUUCCCCGCCAUGGGGCAGCAGCCGCGCCGGGCCGGCCGGGGGCGAGGCGGCGGGAGCCCCAGGUCGAACCGCGCGUUGGUGUGAGAGUGGCGGGGGGGAAGCCUCUGGUUUGGUUCCCCGGCCGGACCGCACGUCGCGCCACAAGCAAACGGCGGAUCCGGACCUGCCAAAGCGCCUCCCGGCUGUAGCCAUCACCAUCGCCGGCAGAGCCACCCGGGGCCACAAACAGGAAAGUAUCGAUUGCUCCCCAGAUUUCGGGUGAAGCGAAUAAUCCCCUGCCGCCUCCUUAGACCUUCCUUGAGAAUCCGAGACCAGCCUUGCCAUUGUGAUGGGUCUUGGAGCGGAGCUCAGGGUCCUUCCCCUGCUUCUGGACGGCAAAAAAUCCUGUUCAACGCAAGGAAGUUGAAUCGCGCUUAGUGUUGGGUAGAAUCCAGCGGGGGGAGACACCCGGGACAAGACUGAUCGUUUCAUCCUCAGGAACUACCCCUCCUCCCGGCAGCACCUUUGAUCAGCCGGCUGUGGAUGUUAUACUUGCUUCCAGAUUUACUGGUUUUUUAAAAGUUAGCUUGGUGGCUGUUUGCUUUUUUUUUUUUUUUUUUUUUGGAAAGUGUCGUACCCCUGGACUAGUGUCGGAGACGCGGCUUCCCUUUGCAAUGGGAUUGCAGAUUUCUUAGCUGUGUUGUGGUCACGCUAAAUUCUCGACUUGCCCUCCACCCUCAAGUUUCCAUAUAUGAAAUGGGAAAUCGAGGGCUGUUCGGCGCCCUUUCUUACCUGAUGUUCAAUGCACCCCUGCUGUUCAUAGUGAACGCUGCAUUUACUGAAGUUCCCAAAGAUGUGGCUGUUAGGGAGGGAGAUGAUAUUGAGAUGCCUUGUGCUUUUCGGGCCAGCGGAUCCACCUCUUACUCCUUGGAAAUCCAGUGGUGGUACCUUAAAGAACCAGCCAGAGAACUUGCCCAUGAAUUAGCCAUCAGUGCCCCCGGCAGCAGAAGCAAGGUAACAAAUAAGGAUGCAACUAAAAUCAGCACGGUGCGGGUCCAGGGCAAUGACAUCUCGCACCGGCUGCGGCUGUCCGGCGUGCGGCGGCAGGACGAGGGCGUGUACGAGUGCCGGGUGUCGGACUACAGCGACGACGAGACCCAGGAGCACAAAGCCCAGGCGCUGCUGCGGGUCCUGUCGCGCUUCGCCCCGCCCGACAUGCAGGCGGCCGAGGCGGUGUCGCACAUCCAGAGCAGCGGGCCGCGCAGGUACAGCCCGGCCGGCAGGGCCACCGCCGAGCCCGGCCUGGAGAAGCGCCUGCUGCCGCCCGAGGGGGCCGGGGCCGCGGCCGCCUCCUCGCCCGCCGCUUCCACCACCGCGGCGUCCUCCUCGGCCUCGCCCCCUCCCGGCAAGGCCGCCAUCCUCCGCCAGCAGCACGGAUCAGGUACAGGACCUAUUUAUGCUACAGACCCACUUCUAUAUAUGUUCCUGUUAAUACUGCAUAAGCUUGUACACUUAUUAGUAAACCACUGAUGGACUAUUUUAUCCAAUAUUCCUAAGCCAAACAAAAAGGAACCUGUUUAAAAACAAAACAAACCCUUGAUAAGAACUGUAGUUUUAAAGAUGGACAGAGAGAGACUGAAAGAAGCAUGACAAACUGUACAUGGGGAGGGGGGAACAUAUUUUUGGGGAUGUUACACAAAAUAAACCACCUAAAAUAAUGAAUCUAGUUUCCAGAUGAUAUGGUGUAAAGCCACGCUCUGUGCAUGGCACCUAUGAUUUCUCUAUUUUAAUGUAAUAUUUUUUCUUUUCUAAACCUUCCCUCUGACUAUUCAUUUUGCACGAACUGUUGAGCAGUUAUCUUUAUGAUAAUAUGUAAAGAUGUUGAGUCAAAGCCCUUCUAAAGAAGGGAAAUAUUUUUAGUAGAUUAUUGUGUUUAGGUUUUUUGGAUUUCCUUUUUCUGUUUUUUAAUUAAAGUAAAUUAUUUCUUUUUGAGACAUUUUGAUUAAAAAAGGCACAUCUUACCAUAAUUAAUAUUCACUGUCAAUAAUAUUUAUUUUUAAAUAAAGAUUGGAAGCAAGGUAAGACAUUUGUUUAUAAACUGUAUUGUAUAUUGCUG